AGAGGAAGGGAGGAGUGGCAAGCAGUAGCUUUGUGUAGGUGUCAUUCUCGUCUGUCCUCACUCCUUCUAACUAACCCUAAAACACACACACCACACCACGACCGCUAGUCACCUCUGAGGUCGACACGACACAUAUCCAAGGCAAGAGGCACACACGCGGCUGAAGUGUUUACAUUUUGUGACAGAAGAGCAUUUUCUAUCAGGACUGACUGAGGAAAGCCAUUGAAGCUGGAGCUCUUCUGGUGGCUGUAGCUGUGACUAAGACUAAGACUCUAAGGGAGAAGGACAAGGAGGGGUUAAGUCUGGAUCUGAACACUCACACAGUCGCCGGGUGCGUGUGUGUGUGUGUACGUGUGCAUGUCAACAGCAGUUGUAUCACCUUUUCAUGAUAGAUGACAAACAAAUACUCGACCUUCAACCUUCAUCUCUCACCUUCUUCGUCAAACGCCUGCCAUCACCCUGAGUGCCAUGGACUAGCCCCUGAGCCCUCCCUACUCGACUGCUCCUUAAGCGAUUUCCAUGCUGACUCCAGCCCCGUAAACACCACCAUGCACUUUGACAGACGCCCACACUUUGACUUGCAGCCACAAGGGUCUAUCGUGUCCCGAAACGUUUCUACACGCUCCUGUCCAACACGCACGAGUCCUCCAUCUGACCUGGAGGAGGAAGAGGAGGCCAGCAGCGAACACGGGGACCAUAAAAAAGGGGUAGCCAAAGCAGUGAAGAAGAAGCCAAGGAGACGCCACACAGAGGACACCAGUAAAGAAGUCUUCAGCCUGAAGUUUGACCUGAGUGUGGACUACGACACUGAGAUCGUGCCAGCACUGAAGAAGAAGACGUUGAGAGAGGUCCUCGCGCCGGUGUUUGAUAGAAGAGGAAUUGACUUCUCUUCUGUGGAUAUAUUCCUGGACCAGUCCAACACUCCCCUUCCUCUGCAUUCGGAGGCCUAUCACAUUGGAGGCCACUACCUCAAGGUCAAAGCCCGUCCCGGAGAUGAGCGUAAGCUGGAGCAGUAUGUGAAGGACCCUCGCUCCCUCAGCCUGCCCAACAUGAAGCAGUGUGGGGGGGCCCCGGGCGCCUGCAUCAUGCCCCCCCUGACGGACCCCCACGGACCACCACAGCAUGGAUCCCUGGGGCGCAGGGACAGCGGCCUGGACCUCUUGGGCCAGGCUCGCCGCAGGAAGAACAUGACAGAGUUUCUGGGCGAUGCCAACAUCCCCUCCGCGGACACGCUGGCCCAGCUGGGGGGCACGCUGCCCCCCACCAUCCUCUUCCCCGCCGGCUCCGAGAGCUGGAAGAACCGCGCCGCCAGCCGCUUCAGCGGGUUCUUUGGGGCCGGCAGCGCCCCCUUUGGCAGGGAGUUGGACCGCGUGGAGCAGCUCCAGAAUAAGCUGCAGACGUACUCGCACUACGGGCUGCCCAAGGUGCCCCCACAGCUGGCCUUCCACCAGGACUCAUGGGAGGGCGAGGAGGACUGCUGCUUCGACCUGGAGAAGAGUUGGCAAGAGCUGCUCGACGACCCAGAGGGCCUGACCAGGAGGCAGUUUCACCAGCAGGAGGCGAUCUGGGAACUGCUGCAGACAGAAGUCACCUACAUCAAGAAGCUCAAAGUCAUCACAGAUUUGUUCCUGUGCGGGCUACUAAACCUGCAGGAGUGUGGUCUGCUGACGGAGGUGGAGCCCUCGCGCGUCUUCAGUAACGUCCAGGAGCUGGUGCGUCUGCACACGGCCCUCUGGGCCCAGGUCAUGCAGCCCGCCCUCGACAAGGCCCGGAGCCAGCGCAGCGUGCUCAACCCCACUGAACUCAUGCCUGGAUUCAAAACCUUUGCGUCUAGGUUUCAGCCUUACAGACGUUACUGUCUGGAAGAGGAGCAGUGUCUGGAGCAUGUGCGGACCUUACUAAGGGACAACGAACUCAUGAGGAUUUAUGUUACGUGGGCGGAGGGCCACCGGCAGUGUAACCGUCUGAAGCUGGUGGACAUGUUGGUGAAGCCUCAUCAGAGACUGACCAAAUACCCUCUACUGCUCAAGAGCAUCCUGAAGAAGACCGAGGACCCCGCGGACCGAGAGGCUCUCAACAGCAUGGUUGUGUGUGUGGAGACGUUCAUCAACAGCGUGGACACCCAGAUGCAUCAGCACCAGGAGCACCAGAAGCUGGCGGCCAUUGCAGCCCGCCUGGAGGCCUACGAGACCACAGAGGGCAGCAGCGAGGAGGUGGAGAAGAUACUGCGGGAGUUUAGUCGCUUUGACCUGAUGGCUCCGAUGAUCGACACCUCGCCAAAGGAGAUGCGACAGCUGUACCAGGAGGGGGCGCUACGCAUGAAGGAGGGCAAGGAAAGCAAGGUGGACGUGCACUGCUUCCUGUUUUCGGACCUGCUGCUCAUCACCAAGCCGGCCAAGCGGCUGGAGAAGGUCAAGGUCAUCCGGCAGCCGCUCCUCAUGCACAACGUGGUCUGCAGAGAGCUCAAGGACCCUGGGUCAUUUGUGCUGGUGUACCUGAACGAGUUUAAGUUGGCUGUAGCUGCCUACACCUUCCAGGCCAACAGCACUGCUCAGGCCCAGAGCUGGAUAGACGCCAUCUGUAAUGUGCAGAACCAGUUGCAGCGUCUGCGUCGUGAGGAGGCUGAGCGGAGGCGGUUGCGUCUUCAGCGGAGAGAGAAGCCCGAUAAGGAGGAAGAGGAGGAUGGAGAUGGAGAUGGAGACGAAGAUGACGGCAGCCUCUUCACAGGCAGCUCUUCAUCCUCCCAGAAACACACACAACGCUUCAGUGUCCCAAACGGUUCUACAGAAACGUCUUCUGAGGCAGAGCUUGAAGGCAGCGGUUCUGCGGCUGUUGGAGCCAACAUGAACUCCUCAUUUUCUCGGGGUCAACGGUCUUCAGGCGUGCCAACCAAACACAGCCAAAGAGACAAUGCUGAUGUGCAGGCUAACGAACAAAACUCCUCCUUGCUCACGGACAGUGACAGCAGUUUUCUGUCUGUUGAGCCAGUGAAGGAGCACCAGAGGAGUUUACUACUCUCUGCCCAGACAAUAGAGGAACAACAGGAAGCGUCUAGUGAGGAACUUCAUGAGCAGGACGAGGAGGAGGAGCAGAUGGCGAGGAGAGAGAAUGAGCCUCUGGGGGUGGCGCAAAGUAAGCAGACUGAACAUGCCAAGCAGCCAAGACAUCUGGUCAAGCAGAGUAAGAACACGACAAGUAGCCAAGAACAUGACGAGGAGCCGAGCGGCGAGACGAGGAAACACGAGAGCAGCGACGACGACGAUGACGAGGAGGAGCAGAGUGGGCAGAACGAGUCAGGUGGCUCCUUCUCUUACGCACGUCACGUCAACCAAUCACAGAGGCCCAGGCGGAGGCCACCAGUCCAGAUGCGGGUACAAACUCUCAGGACCUCGCUGGCCACCAAGUCUCGCUCCGAAGACAACCUCCUUCAGCUUCUCCACAACGACAACUUGCCUCCCGCUCAAGCCGUUGCGCGCGCCUCCAGCGACACCACAGGCAAGGCGACGGACACCAGGCAGACCAUGAUGUCACAACAGGGCAGAUUGCCGCUCAGUCGCAGCCUGACGGAGCUGGCCAAAGUGAGCACGGAACAGACUCCCACAAAGCAGACCAGUGGAGAAGACCAGACGCCGCCUGAGAUACUUGACGAUCGUCUGACACACAGCCUUCCCGCCAAGCACCUGGCCAGGGCGUUGAGGAGGGCUCAGGCCAGAGUAAAUCACUCGAUGAGCACAGACCCAGAGCUGCAGAUACUGCCCUCUAGUGGUGUGGUGAUGGAGGAUGAUCAGUACAAUGACUCCAGCUCUCCGGACGACACGCCCAGCAAGAGGUCACCAGGUCAGCAUCACAAGAAGCUGACGCUAGCCCAACUCUACCGCAUACGCACCUCGCUAGUGCUCAACUCCGCACUUACUGCCUCGGAGGUGUAACCACUGUGGCGGACAUCAGGAUGCAAUCCCAUGCACAUCAGAGUAUGAACUACUUCACAGUCUACUUAACAUGACACAAACAACCCCGGCAAUAUAUAGUUUAUAGGAAACCCUAAAGUUUAUAGUGCUACCUUGUUUCCUUAGCACACCCUAAAACAUUUCAUGUGUUUCUGCACAAAUGGAGUAACACACAAACCAAAAAUGGCUCAUAUUGUAUUUUGCACUUUGUUCACAUGUAGCAUUAAAAAGAAAGAAAGAUAGACAGGUGUUUGAGGAAUCGUGUCAUAAAAGAUUUUGGAAUCAUGACAAGAUGGAUCCUUACAGCAGAGGAAGACCAUGGACUUCUGGUUUUGCCACACAACAAAAUAAGCCAAAACAUUACCAUGACCUUUGAACUCUUGAUGCUCAUGGCAUGGAGGAGGAACUACUGAAGAGGAACUGAACUGACCUGAACUAAACUUUGCCCUGAUUUGAAAAUGUCCAAAGAAGAACUGUUUUCAGUGUUACUUACUGUAUUUUAAGCAGCGAUGCAAGAAACACAAUUUACAUCACUUGCUUCAAGUGUGGGCUCAUAGUUGUAUGUAAACAAAAAUAUAUUUACUUUUAUUAGAAUUUAAUAUUAUUUAUAUGAUGUUGAGGAAAAACAAAACUUGCCUUGCUUUUUUUUAUUGUUACACAGCUUUGGUGGUCUGUUUCAUUUUUACUCCAUGACAUUCUCCUUUGUGUCUUCUCCUGGAUGUACAUUUGUUACUGAAUAUAUGAUACAAUGUUACAGCUUUACGUCCCUGUUCAUUCUUCCAACGGAGCAGCUGAUUAUAUUAUACCAGGGAUGUCAAACUCAGGCCUGGGGGCCAAAUUUGGCCCGCGGAACCAUUUUAUUUGGCCCGCGAGAUCAUUUCAAAUGUGUAUUACAGUUGGCUCACAUACACCAUUAAUAUAUAGCGUAACAUGACUUGAACAUGGAAUUUGCUGUGUCACAGGAUGUGGAGAUACAUUUUAACUAACAAAUAUGAUGGGAAAGACUGUAUGCACAACUUAACUACAAGUAUGAAGUGUAUGCAUGAACAAUUUUAGUCCAUUUGUAAAAAUAAUUGUUGAGUUCGGUCUGCGACUUCGUUCCAGAUUUUGAUUUUGGCCCUCAGUCAAUUUGAGUUUGACAUCCCUGUAUUAUACUGUACUAUAGCAGAGCAUGGCGGGAGGCCGAUGGAGGAGUUUUGUGUAUGAGGUGUAGCUUUAAAGGUGCGCUGUGUUUUUAGUAGUUUAUUACCAGAAUUCACAUAUUCAUUAUGACUGCGAAAAUGACACUUUUCAUUCUGUACAUGAAAAUGUGGAUCUUCUCCAUGGUCAGCCAUUUUGAAUUUCCAGAAAUAGACAUUUUUAGCUGCAAAACUUGCUGUGCUUUGGACAUGCUGGUAAAUAUUACUUUAUUAUUUAGUAAAUAUUCAUGAAAAGGUAAA